AUGGAACUGCUGCGUGCCAGGAGUCCUAGUUGCAGGGAGCCUCUGCAAGAGGAUGCCAUGCCGAGUCUGUGCCACAAGGCAAGCAUCCCUCCAGCCAUGCAGCAGGUGGCGGUGAAAGGAAAUACGGAAGAACAAGAUGUUGUGACAACGUAUUUACAAUCUGUGACAAUCACGUAUGUGAGCUCUCUCUCAGAUAAAGAAACCAGCAUGUAUCCAGGAUCUGCAAGGUGCGGCAGCAACAACCUGCCAGUGCAAAACUUUGUCUCCACUCCACCCUAUUCAGAUUACAUGGGAUAUCAUCAUGUGCCAACUCUGGACAACCAUGGACAGCCUGCGGGAACCUGGGGAUCUCACUAUGGCCCACAGCGGGAAGACUGGAACGCUUACGGCCCAGGACCUUCCAGCACGGUUGCUGCUGCGCAGAUCAAUGGCUCGUCUCCUGGACAGGUCUCCUACAGUUCUGCUGAUUACAGCUCCCUCCAUCCUGCUGGAUCUGGGGGAUUACCUCCUGUAGAAACAAUUAAUACACAGCAAAUCUCUCCCAACAGCCAAAGGCACAGCUCUUAUGAAUGGAUGAGGAAAACAGUGCAAGCUAACACGACUGGUAAAACAAGAACAAAAGAAAAGUACCGAGUUGUUUACACAGAUCAUCAGAGACUAGAAUUAGAGAAGGAAUUUCACUGCAACAGAUACAUUACAAUAAGGAGAAAGUCAGAACUUGCAGCAAACCUGGGACUAUCUGAAAGACAGGUGAAAAUCUGGUUCCAGAAUCGCCGAGCCAAAGAAAGAAAAAUGAUCAAGAAGAAAAUAUCUCAGUUUGAUGGCAGCGGGGGCUCAGUUCAGAGUGACUCAGGUUCACUCAGUCCAAAUGAAAUAUCUAGUUCUCUGUUCCCACCGCCACAUGGAAUAAAUGGAUUACAGCCUAAUGACAUUCAUCAAGUCAUAGUUUCAGAAUGA